AUGCGCAACACUUCCAAUGCUAUUUCUCCCUUCUAUGACCAGGAGCCUGGUGCUCCACCGCCAUUCCCCCCAAUGCUCACGGACCAACUCGAACUGUUUUGUAAGAUCCAUCGCCCAACUACACUUAUUGCCGAUGAGAUCCUAGCUCCCAAAGCAAGUUCUAUCAUUACUACUGUGGGGACCUCGCCCACAUGUGCCCCCAAGCUGAAACUUACAAAGCGAUCACACAAGCGUGGUCACCGUUCCUCUCCGUACUCAAAAGAGGUUGCUCGAACUUGCUCCCGUUCCAUGACACCUAUAUCCUCAGAUUCGCCGGGUUCUUCAAAUUCUUCUUCAAAUGGCGACUCCUCGACUCCGGUCGUGCCAUUACCGGAAGAUUUGAAGAUCCCCAAACCUCCUGGCGAACCUGGUCGCCCGGGGCGUGGAGGAUACACGCUCUACGAGGCAUUAAAUUGGAGUCCGAAGGCAUAUGCAAAGUUCAAGAAGCAUGUGCAUAACCUAAUUGACGACCAUCUUGAGACGGCGAAGUGCUCAUCUGCCCAAAGUCCUGCACUCUUGAAGGUUGUACGGAACAAGGCUGUCAGCGAGUUUCCAGAACUUGAGAAAUACAUCAACCUAUGGCCCGUGAAUGACAUGAUCAUGUCACGCCUGAAGUACACGUCAGGUCGUGCCAGGCGGAAACUUGUGGAGAUGGCUGUGGGUAAGAGUAAAAGUGAUCAUCUAAGGAAAACUAAUCUACGACAUGCCUUGUAG